CGGCUCCUUUUCUCCUCUAAAGCUCCAGCUGAAGGUAAAGUUGCACGUUUCAAGCUGUGCUUAGCUUAGCAUCACUACCAACAGCGACAGUCUGCAGCUCCUCCAUCAUUUCUCCAAACUCUCAGCUUAACUGGGAGUCCAGAAGAAGGAGGUGAGAGCUCCGCGACAGACAGCCGCCAUCACUGCAGUACAGUUACUCAGUAAUGGGCAAACUCAAGAUCAAAGUGUGUGUGAGCUGAUGUGAGUUCAGCAGCAUGAAUCCACGUGAGGACAGAGAGGAGGGGGUCCGUCCCUCUGAAACCGGUCUGUGGGGGGGACAUGACGGCCAGCCCAAAGCUCAGAGGCCAGAGCAGCAGGACACACCAGACUCUGCUGGACCUGGACCUGAGCCUGGACCUGCACCCUGCUGUGUGUCCUUAAAGAGCGACAGGAUCUAUGGGAGACCAGCCUCUGCUGAACCUGAACCAGAAACAGAAACCAGCUGUGUGUCCUUCAAGAGUGACCGGUCAAUUGAUCGCUUCAUUGAUUUUAAAGAACAGUCCUCUGCUGAACCUGGACCUGGAUCCAGCUGUGUGUCCUUCAAGAGUGACUGGUCAGUUGAUCGCUUCAUUGAUUUUAAAGGAGAACGGUCCUCUGCUGAACCUGGACCUGGACCCAGCUGUGUGUCCUUCAAGAGUGACCGGUCAGUUGAUCGCUUCAUUGAUUUUAAAGGAGAACGGUCCUCUGCUGAACCUGGACCUGGAGCCAGCUGUGUGUCCUUCAAGAGUGACCGGUCAGUUGAUCGCUUCAUUGAUUUUAAAGGAGACCAACUGUCUGCUUCAAAGAGAGUCCACAAGGAGAGCUCAGAGGUUCCCAGUGGUCAGUCUGCCCAGCAGCAUCAGACUCACCUGGACUCCAUAUUUAUGCUGCUGGAGGAGAACAUUGUCACUUUUGUGAAGGACGAGCUGAAGAAGAUCCAGAAGGUUCUGAGUUCAGAUAACCCAGAGAGUCAGAGGGAGGAUGAGGAGGUGUCGGAUGGUGAGGAUGCAGAGCAGUGGAGGAGCAGCAGAGAGGCAUUUCUGAAGAUCACACAGCACUUCCUGAGGAGGAUGAAGGAGGAGGAUCUGGCUGACCGUCUGCAGAGCAGAAGUCCUGCUUCAGGUUAUGAAGGUAAACUUAAAUCGAACCUGAAGAAGAAGUUCCAGUGUGUGUUUGAGGGGAUUGCUAAAUCAGGAAACCGGACCCUUCUGAAUCAGAUCUACACAGAGCUCUUCAUCACAGAGGGGGGGACUGGACAGGUCAAUGAUGAACAUGAGGUCAGACAGAUUGAAACAGCAUCCAGGAAACCAGACAGACCAGAAACAACAAUCAGACAUGAAGAUAUCUUCUAUCCCUCACCUGGACGAGAUGAACCAAUCAGAACAGUGAUGACAGAGGGCGUGGCUGGCAUUGGGAAGACACUCCUAACACAGAAGUUCACUCUGGACUGGGCCGAAGACAAAGCCAACCAGGACAUACAGUUCAUGUUUCCCUUCACCUUCAGAGAGCUGAACGUGCUGAAAGAGAAAAAGUUCAGCUUGGUGGAGCUUGUUCAUCAAUUCUUUCCUGAAACCAAAGAAGCAGGAAUCUGCAGGUUUGAACAGUUCCAGGUUGUGUUCAUCUUUGAUGGUCUGGAUGAGUGUCGACCUCCUCUGGACUUCCGCAACAAUGAGAUCCUGACUGAUGUUACAAAGUCCACCUCGGUGAAUGUGCUGCUGACAAACCUCAUCAGGAGGAAACUGCUUCCUUCUGCUCGCCUCUGGAUAACCACACGACCUGCGGCAGCCAAUCAGAUCCCUCCUGAGUGUGUUGACAUGGUGACAGAAGUCAGAGGGUUCACUGACCCACAGAAGGAGGAGUACUUCAGGAAGAGAUUCAGAGAUAAGAAGCAGGCCAGCAGAAUCAUCUCCCACAUCAAGACAUCACGAAGCCUCCACAUCAUGUGCCACAUCCCAGUCUUCUGCUGGAUCACUGCUACAGUUCUGGAGGAUUUGAUCAAGACCAGAGGGGAAGGAGAGCUGCCCAAGACCCUGACUCAGAUGUACAUUCACUUCCUGGUGGUUCAGUCAAAACUGAAGAACAUCAAGUAUGAUGGAGGAGAAGGGUCAGAUCCACACUGGACUCCGGUACAGCGGAAGACGAUUGAGUCUCUGGGAAAACUGGCUUUUGAGCAGCUGCAGAAAGGAAACCUGAUCUUCUAUGAAUCAGACCUGACAGAGUGUGGCAUCGAUAUCACAGAAGCUUCACUGUACUCAGGAGUGUUCACACAGAUCUUUAAAGAGGAGAGAGGACUGUACCAGGACAAGGUGUUCUGCUUCGUCCAUCUGAGUGUUCAGGAGUUUCUGGCUGCUCUUCAUGUCCAUCUGACCUUCAUCAACUCUGGAGUCAAUCUGCUGUCAGAGGAACAAACAAUCCACCAUGAAUCUGCAGAGACACACUUCUACCAGAGUGCUGUGGACAAGUCCUUAAAGAGUCCAAAUGGACACCUGGACUUGUUCCUCCGAUUCCUCCUGGGUCUUUCACUGCAGACCAAUCAGACUCUCCUACGAGGCCUGCUGACUCAGACAGGAAGUGGCUCAAAAAACAGUCAGCUUGCAGUGGAGUGCAUAAAGAUGAAGAUUGAAGAGACUCCCUCUGCAGAGAAAAGCAUCAAUCUGUUCCACUGUCUGAAUGAACUGAACGAUCGCUCUCUAGUGGAGAAGAUCCAACAGUCCCUGAGUUCAGGAAAACUCUCCACAGAUAAACUGUCUCCUGCUCAGUGGUCAGCUCUGGUCUUCAUCUUACUGUCAUCAGAAAAAGAUCUGGAUGUGUUUGACCUGAAGAAAUUCUCUGCUUCAGAGGAGGCUCUUUGGAAGCUGCUGCCGGUGGUCAAAGCCUCCAACAAAGCUUUACUGAAUGGCUGUAACCUCUCAGAGAAAAGCUGUGAAGCUCUGUCCUCAGUUCUCAGAUCUCAGUCCUCCAGUCUGAGAGAGCUGGACCUGAGUGACAACAACCUGCAGGAUUCAGGAGUGAAGCUGCUGUCUGCUGGACUGGAGAGUCCACACUGUGAACUGGAAUCCCUCAGGCUGUCAGGCUGUCUGAUCACAGAGGAAGGCUGUGCUUCUCUGGCCUCAGCUCUGAGAUCCAACCCCUCUCAUCUGAGAGAGCUGGACCUGAGCUACAAUCAUCCAGGAGACUCAGGAGUGAAGCUGCUGUCUGCUGAACUGCAGGAUCCAUACUGUAGACUGGACACUCUCAGGGUGGAUCCUGCUGGAGUCAAAUGGUUGGGACCAGGUCUGAAGAAGUAUUCCCGUGAACUCAAACUCGACACAAACACAGUAUACAAAAAGAUAAAACUGUCUGACAACAACAGGAAGGCAACGUAUGUGGAUGAGGAUCAGUCAUAUCCUGAUCAUCCAGACAGGUUUGACCGGUGUCCUCAGCUGCUGUGUGGAACUGGUCUGACUGGUCGCUGUUACUGGGAGGUCGAGUGGAGAGGAAGAGUUUCUAUAUCAGUGACGUACAGAGGAAUCAGACGGAAAGGAGACAGUGAUGAUUGUGUUUUUGGAGAGAAUGAUCAGUCCUGGAGACUGAUCUGUGCUGAUGGUGGUCGUUACUAUGUCUGGCACAACAACAGUAGAACAUCCAUCUCCUUCUCCUCCUCCGUCUCUAACAGAGUCGGAGUGUAUGUGGACUGUCCUGCUGGGACUCUGUCCUUCUACAGUGUCUCCUCUGACACACUGAUUCACCUCCACACCUUCAGCACCACGUUCACUGAUCCCCUUUAUCCUGGCUUUGGGUUUGGAUUCUUGUCUGGUUCCUCAGUGUCUCUGUGUCCCCUGUAGGAGGGAGAGCCAGUCUCUUCUAGACUUCUUAGUGGUCCAGAUGUGCCCUCAGAAUACAGAAGGAGUAUGGCUGUGUCUGCUAAACAUUCACCAUAUAUUUGAUAAUUUGGCCUCAUUAUCAAGCUGAAGAUGCAAGGCAACAACCCCAAAAUAUGAACAGUCAAAUUUAGUUUGAUUCAGUUGCAGAGACAUUAAGAAAAGCCUCAAACCAAAAGUACCAGAAUCCAGACAGCCAGGUGCUGCACACCAGUUACUGUGAGAAUCUAUAACAGUAUUAACUCAGACUGAAAUAAAAAAAGAACAUUUUCUACAAAGCCAAUCACAAUUAUAGUUGCUGUGCAGCAGUGAGUCAGUGCCCGGCAUUUUGAGGAGGAGGACGAAGAAACCAUGUGACUAACACCCUUGAAUUUGGAGCAUCACUCCAAAUUCUUCACACCUGUGUGAACGAUGACACCUGCUGCACACGAUAUGUUUGUCGCACACCCACACACUCCCUCGCUCUAUCCACAGGUACGAGAAAAACGGUCAAGUGACAAUCAGUUGUUAAAGGUUCCCUUUCAUUCAUGAAAUGUCAUGUUUUUACAUACAUAAACAUUUGUUUUAUUUCAUUUCAGUGAACCUGUAGCCAAAUAAGUCACAAGGCGACUGAGUUGGCACUAGCUGCAGGUGACCAAGCGGUGCAGAGGAGGUCCAAAAAUAACAAAAAACAAAAAGCAAUAUGCUCGUAAAACAAAAGAACUCAAUGGAGUUCGAACAUUUUAUUCUCAGCCAUUGAAAAACAUGCAAACAAAACUCUUUCCCAGCUUAAUGACAUUGACAGAAACCCCAAAACAUCCUGGAGCAUGGGCCCUUGCGACAUCCUUUCCCAAAUUUCCCCAGCUGGGGAUUAAUAAAGUUGAUCUUUUAUUAUCAAUGAAAUGUAAACAAAAGGCUGACAGAGAGAAAUUAAAUGAUUGCACCACAAGCCUGGCAGGGGGAUCUACUCCCACAUACCCGUAGAUAUAAGGGCAUUUGGAUCCACAAUCUAAUGCGCCAGACGCUGCUUUAAAACAGGCCUGCCCAAUAUAGGUCCUCCACAUGAAGGAAAAAACUUAGCCAAAGUGUGGACGGAGUCAGUGCGGUACACAUAGAACCUGAGGGCCCUCGCAGAAGCUGUGAAGGCUUUCAGCCUCUGCAGAAAGGAAUUCAGAAGGUGUCCAGCACAAGAGGCUUGCAGAGAGUACUCAACUACCUCUCAACUCACCUGCUCGACUGAAACAGGAGCCAAGAGGAAAAAUGUUUCCCAAGAGAGAUGCUCGAGGUCAUUAUGGACAAUGACUCAAAAGUGGGCAGACAAAGAGCCCUGAGAACUACCUGGAGGUCCCAGGAGAGUAGCAGAAGCCUCCAGGGGGGGGCAAUUUCGCCUCACCCCUCAAAAAUUGUGCAGCUGGGGGAAAAACUGUCACAUUGGUCAUGAACAGUAGAGACUGCUGAAAGUCUAUCUCAGCCAACAAGGUGCACGCGCCCACAUUUUCCCAGUGGCUCUGAUGGGCCAUGCAUCAAUGCUCACAGAAGACAAUGAGUGUCCGCUGCUGUUCAACAGAAACGAAGCCAGAUCUGGCCCCUGUCUGCAGAUGCCAUACAUCGGGGUGGGGACCUCCCCAUGACAGCAGAUCUGCUGAUGUAUUCAGGGCCGUGUUGUAUGUUCUUACUAAGACAUGCCUCCCCUGUACACUUAGGAGGAAUCUAAUCUCAAGGAGGAUCACAUGCCACCCUUGUUGUACUGCACCCAAAUGACACCAAACAGACCAGCAGGAAGACAAAGAAAAGUUCAGGGUGAGAGAGGAAGAAAGGAAAAAGGAAUGGAGGAAGAAGAGGAGACAAAUGACAAAUACAUGAGGGUCCAUAAAAAGAACUGCCUAGAGCAUAGUUAUUUAAAUCUUCUUAAAUUGAAAAUAUCUUAAUUUAUUUUUUUUGUUUUGCAGAAAUCAGUGCAAAAAACAAGAAGGGAAUAUUUAAACGUAUGGGAGGGUGAGGAAGAAACCUGUAAUGGCUUGCAUGCACAUUCAAAAGACAUACAAAAUGUAAAAUGUAAAACAUGCAAACUCAGCAAUUCGAUAAAAUAUUAGUGUUCAAGAAUUGCACAUAUGAAGUAAGCGUAGAAUUAUAGUCUAAUACAUGCAGAGAAGCAGGAGAAAUUGCUGUUUUCACACUAUGAACCACAGUUGAUCAGAGUGAUCAUCGUUCCAAAUCAAAUGCUUUUGACAGCAGAGUACUUUAAGCCUCUUUUUCAACAUUUAUUCUACAUUUCAUUCCAUCAGACUGACAGAACUUCAUAGAAAACUGAUCACAGGAUGCUUUCCACAGAGGAAGAUGAAGAUUUUUAGCCUGUCUGUUUGGGUAAUUAUGUGAAUUAUUAACAAAAUACUUUGUAAAACUGCAAGUAAGGCUGUUUUGAAGAACGUUGCUGUCAAAAAUAGUCAGCAACUGCAGUUUAACAGAGAGUAGUAGGGAAAGUACUUGUCCAAACAAUAUGUUUGAUAUCCAUAUAAAUAUGGAUAUGGAUAAAUACAAAUAAAAUUAAACAACAACAUAAAGAAACAUUUAUUGUGUCCAAAACAUGUUAUAUUUCUCAUAAUGCCAAGACACAAAGUGAC